ACUUUGGCGAUACGGCUUGGUUUUGGGCUCGGGGGGAAGCACCGCAGCAGGAAAGGAAUAAAAAGGUCGUCGUUGUUCAAAAGGCCAUCUUUUGCAUUCCUCGGCCAACUCUCCAACGAUUGCCUUUUUGUUUUUUUUCGCUCCAAUUACCCCCUCCAACUCCAACGUUAAGCCUUUUUCCAACAAAUGGCAACUUCUCUCUCAUAUUUGGACGUACUCUCCGACCCACGCUUUCAUGUUCCCUUUGGCUGCGGCGCGCUUGCGCUGAGCGCAGCCUUCUUUACUCUACCCUCUCUAUUCCCAACUCUUUUCGCCACCGAAAAACAGCGUGCAUGGAUAGUUACAGGCCUCACCGCUCUUGUCAUGACCUCUAGCUCGCUCCCUUUCCAUUACUCCUUCUUCACCGGUUCUAACUCCCUUGCGGAUGUAUCUCUCAUGGAUUCCGCCUUUGCGAUUGGACUGUGUGGAUUCUUUGCAUCUUACUGCGUAACUGACCUACUCCUGGGCACCCUGUUCUAUCGGAGUGAGGUCCACCCCUUGUCGGGAUACGUUCAUCACUCGUUGUAUGCGUGGAUGGUAACCUCUCUGGUUACCUACCACGUUCCUGGAGGAUUUUGCACGCUCUCUAUCCUGGAACUUCCUACCCUUGUUAUGGCCAUUGGAAGGAUCAACAAAGCCUGGCGUAGCGAUGCGCUCUUUGGUGCGACAUUCUUUACAACGAGGAUCUGUUUGCACAUCUAUUUUGUUUAUGAGAUUUGGAGGGCGUGGCCUGACCGACAAUUCUACUGGUUUUUACUGGGUGUCCUACCAAUGCAUUUGCUUUGGUUCAAAGGAUGGGUCCAGCAGCAAAUCAGGAUGAGGAAGGAGAAAUUGCGAAAGAUGGUUCCCAGUACUACUACCGCUUGCCAUCCUAUACAAUCUAUCAAACCUGAAGCACAAGUUUCGGCUGAAGUUACAUCUCGCGAGGAUGACAAAUACGUUACUGAAGAGACGUGGGGAUCUCGAUCUACUCGUCACCUUCCCCGGCCAUUUGUCACUCAUCGUCUGCGCGCCGGGUCAUCCAUACUUGAACAUGAUCUUGAUCGCAUCACUGAUCCAAUACCUGUGGCCCCUGUUCUCGUCGGUUAAUUAUGGGCUUAGAUUUUAACAAGAUAUUAAGUGACAAUUUCGUACAUCAAGUUAGAAAUGAAGUGAUUGGAUAUGGGUUUCUUAGGUUGAACUUUUCAAAUACCUCUUGUUUUUGGAUAUUAUUUAUGUUCUUCUGUCCUUUUGUUUGACACCGUUGACUGCAUUUAACGAAAUAUCAAUACAUGUUGUGGAUGUAUUUGUAAUAUAUCUUUACCCAGCA